AGUGCCACUUGAACCUUAGCCGCGCACGCGCAGUGACGGUAGGAUGGUGGAGUUAGUACCUUUUGCGGUUCCUACUGAGAAUGACAAAACUUUGCUGGUUUGGGAGCUGAGCGCCGGACCCACGGCCGAGGACUUGCACCAUUCUCUGUUCACAGUGUUCUCCCAGUUUGGCCUUCUGUAUUCAGUCCGAGUCUUCCCAAACGCUGCAGUGGCCCGUCCUGGUUUCUAUGCCAUCAUCAAGUUUUAUUCAGCCAGGGCUGCCCACAGAGCCCAAACAGCGUGCGACCAGAAGCAGCUUUUUCAGAAAUCUCCAGUGAAGGUUCGUCUUGGCACCAGACAUAAGGCAGUUAAACAUGAAGCCCUUGCCCUAAACAGCUCCCGAUGCCAAGAAUUGGCAAAUUACUACUUUGGUUUCAAUGGGUGGUCAAAAAGGAUCAUCAAGCUUCAGGAUCUUUCUGACCUUGAAGAAAGGGAAAAUGAAGAUAUCGUAGCACCACUUCGGAAGCAAAGCCUGAAGUUCUUCUGUGCUUUAGAGGUGAUGUUGCCAUCCUAUGAGUGCAGGAGUCCUGGAGUCGGCAUGGCCGAGGAGCCUUUGGAUAAGCUGGAGGAAGGGCCAUUAUCAUUUCUUAUGAAAAGGAAGAUGACCCAGAAACUUGCUAUUCAGAAGGCUAUGUCAGAUGCAUUCCAGAAACUGUUGAUUGUGGUUUUAGAAAGUGGUAAAAUAGCUGUUGUGUAUAAACCCUGUGAAGAGAUCACGGAUGCCAAGACUGAAGAAGAACUAUGGGAUAUAAUUCAAGUCGGCUACUUUUCUUGGAAGCAGUAUGGCCAAGGAGAGGAAGAAUGUCUCUCAGAUUUCAGCUUAGAGGAGGAAGAGUUCAGAUUGCCAGAACUGGACUAACACUUCUGAAUUUCCUGGGAUACAGGGCCCUGUGGCUUCCUUGAGAAACUCUGCACCACCCCACAAAACCCUCACCUCAUUUAACCCCCCACCCGCCUACCCCUAGGCUGCUGGAGUCCAGGGCCACCCAGAUGUGCAGCCUAAAUCCUGCCUCAUUGUGAGGGGGUGGGGGGCCCCAGUGGGAGGUAGUUGUCGCCUCUGAAAAGGGACGCUAGGACCCUGGUGAUCUGGGGGAAAGCCUUGCUCUUGCGCGGGCUUUCUCCGCCCCCCCCCCCCACCCCGAACCUAAUAAAGAUGGCGUAAAUAAUA